GAGGCUUGCCAGCCUCCAGUGGUUUGACAGGCGGUGGAAGCUCCAGUGCGCCUUCUCUUUGCGCGCACCUUGUUGGUUUUCACGGCGGAUGCCAGCUGGUGUCACAACAUCGGUUCUCAGACACGGCGCCAGCAAAGUUCACUCCCAGCUGCGUGUGUGCGUGUUUUCCACUGUUGUGUGUGCUCAGUCUAGUCUGCUUAAUAGACUGACCCCCCAGCGCGCCGUUUAAAGGGAAGACAAGAGCGCUGAGUCAACGAUUCGCAAGAAGGAUGCAACAGUUGAUGUGCGCAAGUUGCACAGUUUUCUUGUAUCUGCUGGCGGUUUGCACAUGAGGAGCAUGGUGGCUGUGAUCUGUGAGAAGACAUGAUUCAAUGUUUUCUUCCUUUAAGUCAUCCGUGAGGCAAAAUUAAGCAGCGGAUCUGCUCUUUUAAUAAAUAAAGGGACUGGGGAGACCUCGCGGGUUGCGCGCUCAAGGCGUCUUUUUGCACCAAAAAAAAAAAAAAAAAAAAUCGACAUUUGAAGUGAAAUGCGUCGCGGGGGACUCUGCGCUCUGCUGGAAUGGAGUUAGAGAGGGAAUUAUCUCGGAUGGUCCUGCGGCGGUGAGUAGCAGUGCAAGUGUGCACCGACAUGCAUCGGAUUCUGCAGAGGAGGCGAGUGCGCAAGCUGCGCGUCGUCUGGGCUUCUCUGGCCGCGCUGGCUCUGUCGCUGGCGGCGUGCAGCGCGCUCUUCACCGCCUGGACCUGGAGACAGACGCAGGACUUGUCUCAGUCCUUCAAGGUCCUGCAGGAUCGCCUCGAGCAGGUCAAUACGCAGAGGAAGGCCAUCGUUCAGCUCAUUCUGGAGAAAAGAGAGCUGCUGCUGGAGCGAGUGAAGAGAGACGGGGGGGCAGUUCGAGGGAAGAAUGGAAAUGGACGGAAAGCGGCGUCUCAUUUUGAGAUAACUCAAGCGUCCUUUCAGCAAGUUGGAACACCUGGUGUGAUUAAGGGCUGGGAGGAGAGGACAUUGAAUAUGAGUAAAGCAGUGAGGUACAACAAGGAGAAGGGCACCUUCACUGUGGAGAGAGCAGGUGUCUACUUCCUGUUCUGCCAGGUGUUGUUUAACGAGCAGCAGUCCCAGUACGUGAAGCUGGACGUGGUGACCUACGGCCCGAAGCCGCAGAAGCUGCAGUGCGUGGAGGGCUACGGGACGACCCCCUCCGCAGGGCCGCACUCCUUCCACUUCAUGAAGCCCUGCCAGGUGUCCGGCCUCCUGCGACUGGACAAAGGCACGGAGCUGCAGGCCCAGACUGGCUCGGCUUUCAGUCUGCACCCCGGAGCCACUCAUGUAUUCAGCAUCUUUAAAGUCAACUGAACUGCAAAGCUCAUUUGGUCCCUGCAGGAAACUAUUCACACAUACGAAUAGAAAAGAAAUCAUCAGAAGUCCAUCAGAAUGAACUUUCUCGGUAUGAAUGAUGGAUACUGUCUGGAUUUUUCCUCUGCGACUAAACCAUCGUAAAGCAUUACUUAAUGCUACAGUUCUUUUUUCUUCUUCUCCAGUAAUUGCUGCAUAUGUGCAUUUGUAAGAAAAAAAACUGACAUUUGUGGAAGCUGUUGUGGAUUUUAAUUUUUUUUUUGUUGCUCUGGACUGCAGAGCUGUUUUGGAACACAGUUUUGGAUUACAACCAAGACCCACACUGUACGAAAUUCCUCCACGCGUUUCUGCCAAGAGAACAGAUGUUAUGGACGCUGUCCUGUAGAUUAAAGGCCUUCGCAGAAAGAAUAAAGAUACCUUGGAUGUUCGUGUUA